GCGUCUGGCGCGUCGGUCGGGCCCGGCCCGGCCCGGCCCCGGCGCCUCAUUGUGCUUUGCCUCACGCCGGCCCAAGAUGGCGGCGGCGCCGGAGAGCCCCGCGAGCCGCUAACGACAAUAGAGGGAGGCUGAGGGGGAACGGGCGCCCCCGCCGGUACCGGCCUCCCCUCCCCGCCGCUCCCCCCCCCUCCUCCUCCUCCCCUUCCUCCCUCCCUCCCCGUACCGCCGCCUCACCUCGCACACGCCCCCCGGCCGGGCCCGGCCGCCACACCCCACCCCGGCCGGCCCCUCUAGCAUGGUGCGGGGCCGCCGCCGCCUCCUCCUCCUCCUCCGGCUGCCGACAUGGGCGAGAGGCUGGAGCUGCGGCUGAAGUCGCCCGUGGGAGCCGAGCCCGCCGUCUACCCCUGGCCGCUGCCCGUCUACGACAAACACCAUGAUGCUGCUCAUGAAAUUAUUGAGACAAUUCGAUGGGUCUGUGAAGAAAUUCCAGAUCUCAAGCUUGCUAUGGAAAACUACGUUUUAAUUGACUAUGAUACAAAAAGCUUUGAAAGCAUGCAGAGGCUUUGUGACAAGUACAACCGAGCCAUUGAUAGCAUUCAUCAGUUGUGGAAGGGAACCACGCAGCCGAUGAAACUGAACACUCGUCCCUCCAACGGGCUCCUCCGGCACAUCCUGCAGCAAGUCUACAACCACUCGGUGACUGAUCCAGAGAAACUCAACAACUAUGAGCCCUUUUCCCCAGAGGUUUACGGAGAAACUUCCUUUGACUUAGUGGCCCAAAUGAUAGAUGAAAUUAAAAUGACAGAGGAUGAUUUGUUUGUUGACUUGGGCAGUGGUGUGGGUCAGGUGGUGCUUCAAGUGGCUGCAGCCACAAACUGCAAACAUCACUACGGUGUGGAGAAAGCUGAUAUUCCAGCCAAAUAUGCUGAGACGAUGGACAGAGAGUUCAGAAAGUGGAUGAAAUGGUAUGGGAAAAAACAUGCAGAAUACACACUGGAAAGAGGUGACUUCCUCUCAGAAGAAUGGAGAGAGAGAAUUGCAAACACAAGUGUUAUUUUUGUGAAUAAUUUUGCCUUUGGUCCUGAGGUGGAUCACCAACUGAAGGAGCGAUUUGCAAACAUGAAGGAAGGUGGGAGAAUUGUGUCCUCAAAACCUUUUGCACCUCUAAAUUUUAGAAUUAACAGUCGAAACUUGAGUGAUAUUGGCACUAUAAUGAGAGUUGUGGAGCUAUCACCACUGAAAGGGUCUGUGUCAUGGACCGGGAAACCAGUUUCUUACUACCUGCAUACUAUUGACCGAACCAUACUUGAAAACUAUUUUUCUAGUCUCAAAAAUCCAAAACUCAGGGAGGAACAAGAGGCAGCUAGACGUCGUCAACAAAGAGAAAACAAGAGCAACACAACUACUCCAACGAAGGUUCAAGAAAACAAGGAUUCUGGUGCUGAAGAAGAAAAGGCUGCGGCAAAUUCUGUUAAAAAGCCAUCUCCCUCCAAAGCACGGAAGAAAAAGCUAAGUAAAAAAGGAAGAAAAAUGGCAGGCAGGAAACGAGGACGUCCCAAGAAAAUGAACACUGCAAACACAGAGCGCAAGACCAAGAAGAACCAAACCGCACUAGAACUUCUGCACGCUCAAACUGUUUCACAGACAUCUUCAUCCUCUCCUCAGGAUGCAUACAAGUCACCUCAUAGUCCAUAUUACCAACUACCUCCUAAAGUGCAACGGCAUUCAUCGAACCAGCUACUGGUGACACCUACCCCACCUGCACUACAGAAGCUGCUAGACUCUUUUAAGAUCCAGUACAUGCAGUUCAUGGCAUACAUGAAAACUCCUCAGUAUAAAGCAAGUCUGCAACAGUUACUGGAGCAGGAGAAGGAAAAGAAUGCUCAGUUACUGGGGACAGCACAGCAGUUAUUCACCCACUGCCAGGCACAGAAAGAGGAAAUCAAACGUCUUUUUCAGCAGAAACUUGAUGAGUUGGGAGUUAAAGCUCUAACAUACAACGACCUGAUUCAGGCUCAGAAGGAAAUCUCUGCUCACAAUCAACAACUGAAAGAACAGACGAAACAGCUGGAGAAGGAUAACAGUGAACUCAGGAACCAGAGCUUGCAGCUGCUUAAGGCACGGUGUGAGGAACUGAAGCUGGACUGGUCAACGUUGUCACUGGAGAACUUACUGAAAGAGAAGCAGGCGUUGAAGAAUCAGAUUUCUGAGAAACAAAAGCACUGUUUGGAAUUGCAGAUCAGCAUUGUGGAACUUGAGAAGAGUCAAAGACAGCAGGAGCUCAUGCAGCUGAAGUCGUACACGCCAUCUGAUGAAUCACUGUCAGUACAACUCCACAAUAAAAACCACCUGAGCCGUGAUCCUGAGGCUGACCACGGCAGGUUCCAGCUGGAGCUGGAAUGCUCCAAGUUUCCUAUGCCCCACAUCAAUGGCAUGAGCCCUGAACUGUCCAUGAACGGCCAUGCGACUCCCUAUGAAAUUCAUAACACCUUUAGCAGGUCGUCUUCCAAGCAGAACACGCCUCAGUACACGACCUCUCAUUUGGACCAAGAAAUAGUUCCGUGUACCCCAAACCACAGCAGCAGACAGAAGGCAGACAAGCUGACGAGCUUGUCCCUACCUGAUUAUACCCGGUUUUCCCCAGCGAAAAUAGCACUAAGGAGACACUUGAAUCAAGACCAUGGAGUCAAUGGAAAAGCAACAACUAAUGAGAUACAGAGAGCUGACCACGUCAAAGAGAAUGGCCUUACAUAUCCAAGCCCUGGUAUUUCAAAUGGCAUAAAGCUGAGUCCUCAGGAAACUCGGCCCUCUUCCCCAGCGGCCUUACCAGUUGCAGGCGAGAAGGUUUUGAGAGAGAGAACCUCUGUGAGUAAUGGAGAAACUAUCACCAGCCUACCUAUCAGUAUUCCUCUCAGCACAGUGCAGCCCAAUAAACUCCCUGUUAGUAUCCCUCUGGCCAGCGUAGUCCUACCUAGCCGUGUUGAGAAGGUGAGAAGCACACCUAGCCCAGUUCAUCAGAGUAGAGACUCAUCGACACUUGAAAAGCAGAUUGGUGCUAGCUCUCAUAAUGGCGUAAGCAAUGCUGCUGGAAACAAGCCACUGGCUUUGGCUACCUCAGGUUUUUCUUACUCUUCUGGCUCCGUGGCAGUCAAUGGAAAUCUUACAAACAGCCCAGCCCAUCUUAACCAUAGUGUUGAUCAGGCAGCUCUGGACGACUCUGGGAGUCUGUUUAACUCAGUAGGGUCUCGGAGUUCCACUCCACAACAUCCUUUGCUAAUGAUGCAGUCAAGGAACUCUGGGCAAAACUCCCCUGCUCACCAGCACUCCACAAGCCCCAGGUUAAAUGGCACAUCCCAGAGCCUGGUAGGGGUAUUGCAAUAUGCAGAUGCUCAGAAGAUGUUUGCCGAAGGAACAAAGGGGGAUCUUCAGUCUGAUGCAGCGUUUUCAGAUCCUGAGAACGAGGCCAAGAGAAGAAUCAUCUUUACAAUCUCUCCUAAUACAGGACAUGUAAAACAAUCCCCUUCCAACAAGCACAGUCCUCUGCCCAUGAGCGCUCGGCUGGACUGUGGCCAAGCACACGCGCAGGAUGGGAAGAAGCGAGGCCGGCGGAAGAGAUCCUCCACUGGGAUUCUCAGCGGGAACUCCGGGGUCUCCCCUAAACGCAAAUCCUUACCUACUGUGUCUGGACUCUUUACGCAACCAUCAGGUUCACCGCUCAAUAUCAACUCCAUGGUCAAUAACAUUAACCAGCCUUUAGAAAUAACAGCCAUUUCCUCUCCUGAAAACUCCCUGAAGAACUCUCCUGUUCCUUACCAGGACAAUGACCAGCCCCCGGUACUGAAAAAGGAAAAGCCCCUCAUUCAGAGCAAUGGCGUUCAUUACUCUCCUCUAACAUCAGAUGAAGAGCAGGGAUCCGAAGAUGAGCACAAUAGCAGCAGAAUUGAGAGGAAAAUUGCAACGAUAUCAUUGGAAAGCAAAUCUCCACAGAAGACUGUUGAAAAUGGUGGCAGCUUAUCUGGGAGGAAACAAGCACAAAGCAACGAAAACAUGAACAGCAGUAAAUGGAAAUCAACUUUUUCACCAAUCUCUGACAUCAACCUGACCAAAACUACAGACAGUCCCUUGCAGUCGGUUUCAUCUCUGAGCCAGAAUUCGCUGUUUGCCUUCAGGCCGUCCUCCGAGGACAGCCUUGCCAUCGAUGCCAAGAUGACGGCACAUGCGAGGAAAAGCAUUGCCCUGCCCUCGGCGGGGGCGGAUGGGCUCAGCCCUGGUACGAACGCCGCCAACGGGUUCGCGUACAACGGCGGGCUGUCGGCUGACAUCGGUUUACACGGCUUUAUCGAUGGUGCUUCCCUUCCACAUAAGGCUUCGGACGUGGCGGCUUCCAACUGCUCGCUGGGUUUCCAGUCACAGCGAAGCAAAGAGGUGGGGGUAUCGGAAACAAAUCCCUUUUUGAACAAGAGGCAGCUCGAAGGCCUCGGCGGCACGAAAGAAGACUUAAAUCGGUCAGGGGUGAAAGGCAAAGAGAUCAGCGACAUAAGCAUUCGUACUGGGGGAUCUUCAGAAAAAAACUCUUUGCAGCAUAACGGAAAGGUCGGCAAAGGAAGGGACCGAGAUGUGGAGUUUAAAAAUGGCCACAACCUUUUCAUUUCUGCUGCUGUUCCGUCUGGUGGCCUUCUGAAUGGUAAAAGCCUUUCUACUGCUGUUUCUUCAGCAGGCAACCCAGCAUCUUCUGUUCAGACGCACCAUCCUUUCCUAAACACUUUGACCACUGGAUCGCAGUUCCCCCUUGGCCCCAUGGCCUUGCAAGCAAACCUCAACUCGGUGACAAAUUCCUCAGUAUUGCAGUCCUUAUUUAAUUCAAUGCCAGCUGCUGCCAGUCUGGUCCACGUGUCAUCCGCUGCAACCAGACUGACUAAUUCUCACACUAUGGGGAACUUCUCUCCUGGGGUUACAGGUGGAACAGUUGGAGGUAUUUUUAACCAUGCGGUGCCUUCUGCCUCCUCUCCUCAUCAAUUUGGAGCCAGUUUCAGCAGCAGUGCUGUCUCUAGCAGCACAGUGCUAAGCUUAAACCCUCUGCAGGCUGUUGCCAGCACCUCAUCCUCAUCUUUCCCACCCCCUUCCUCUAAUUUAGUAACAUCUAGCGAGACUAGAUCUGCUCAGCACCUCAACAGAGCGCCAGUGCAAUCUGUUUUCCAUUCCCCUCCGCCCCCUCCUAACGUUUCAUUGCCCCCACCUCCUCCAUUACUUGCUUCUAACUCCGAGCCUGCGCUUCUGCAGAACCUGCCAUCCAUCCCACCCGGCGAAGCUUUUUUGCCAUCCUCUUCUGCUGCUUCUGUCCAGUCUGCUAAUGCUUCUUUGUCUAUUAAGCUAGCUUCUCUCCAGCACAAAACCUCCCGCCCCUCCUUUACAGUCCAUCACCCGCCUCUGCCCCGUUUGGCGCUGGCACAGUCCGCGCCCAUGAUCACGCAGUCCAACGCAGCUGGCACGUCCGCUAUGUGGGUUACACUUGGCAUGCAGUCUCCUUAUGCUUCGCACCUUUCUGGGGUUAAGCCACGAUAAAGAGCUUGCUUAGCUAACAGUUCUUAUUUUGUAAGGUAAGGCUAGAGAAAAAAAAAGAGGAGUUUUGUACAAGAUGCUGAAUGAUGCUUCUUCCUUUUCAGAGACAGGUUGGGGAUGGGCUCUGUGAAACUCUAAAAUGUGGGAAGCAGAUAAUCUGACGGCAGAGGAUGGAGAGUCUUAACGCUCUCUGUUCUGGGAGUCAGGAUUUCUCGACAAAGAGUGCCCACCAUCAUACCUCUGGUCUGUCUCAUCUGACGUUAGGAUUAUGUGCAGGUUGAGAUUGCUUCAUGAAAAUGUCUAUUUCUGAAGAUCAGUAACGGGGAGGAAAUGUCUAUUUUUAAGUACGGUUUUAUACACUUAUUGGAAGUGGUUGUUGUCUACUUUGAUUCCCCCUUCCCCUCUUCUUGCCCUCCGACGCAGACUGUUGCAUCUCCACAAGUCCAUGUUCGCAUAGCGUUAGGACGCGUGAUGGUGCUGCUUUGUGACUGCAUGUGGCAACACGAUGGUCUUGUUUUUAUUGUCAGUCGACAACAGCUGCUCUAAAUAAUCAUGAAGUUAAAAAUCUCCAGGUUACAAGCUGCAGCUUUGUCUUGGAGAGCAAAUGCACUGGUCUUGCACUGCAGUUAAUGUGCCCCCUGCAUCAAUGGAAAACACAGCUACAGGUAGCAAAGAAAGGGGUGUGAUUUAUCUGUGCACUGCAGCUUUAUCGGACUUGCCUGCUAGGGCAAACAGUAACAAACUCAUCAGAUGCUGUAUUUAUGCUCACUUGGCAAUCACUGGCUUCCCGGGUAGAUUGUGAAUGAGAAUACAGGGGAUCUGCAGGGCCAGCUGUGGUCCGUGCUUCGUAGAGGCUGGGGGCAUAGAAGAGAGGAGGGUUUCUGGAGACUGUACCCAUUCUUACUGAAGCAGGUAUUGAAAUGUCUUCAGAGCGACUCCAGAAUAAAGUGUACCACCACAGAGUUGGGUACUGUUGUUCCUGAAAAUACUCUGUGGCAUCCUGAUGUAACAACUUGUGCUUGCGAAGUUCAAUCAGUCUGUUGGGCCCCGGAGCUUGCUCCGUGCUUUUCUUGUAGGUCUUUGCUGUUGUUGCUGUUCACUGAUACCAAAGCUGCAUACAAUAUAUGGUUGAAUACUCUUUGCUGCUUAUAAAACGUAUGACUCAAUUACAAUAUACCUGAGAGAUUCUUUUGACUGCGCAUUGUGUAUAGUGUCUUCAUCAUCACAUUGCUCCACAGACACGAACAAAUCCUCAUUAGGCUUUUGUGAGGCACGUAAGUAUUACCUCCGUCCUUCUGUACGGGGAAGUGAUGCUGAGGAGUUUGGAGCAAUGUGGUCCCUGUGUGCCGGUGGAGACCCAACAGCGUGAUGUGCUUACGGAAGGGGCUUGGAAGGCCCCGAACAGAAACCAGAUGGGGGAGAAGGGGCGAGGAGGGUUAGGCUCAGGGCUUUGUGUACAUGGGCGACUCAAGUGUGAAAGCUGCCUGCUGAACUUGCCUUACCUGGAACUGUGGCCGUAUUGGGCCACGCUCCCUGCUCUUGGGUGUGGUGGCCCCUGUCACAAAAAGGUUCUGAGCAAAGUGGGCAAGGCACAGAAGUGACGUGUGGAGAAAAGGGGAUGACAAAGCUGGAUUGUGGAGCAAAUGAGCAGAAAUGAUGCUGCCGGGAGCUGGUGUGUGACAGGCAUACCGUAGUUGCGGUCCUGUGCCCUGUGACUCUUGAACUGUAUGCCAAGUGCUUGGGCAGUUUCAUUGACUUCGGUGUGAAUACGUGUGUUCAGAGUCCCUGUGAACCAAAGCCGAAUUCUGGAAUCGGGGGGCUAAACUAAACUGCUUUGCUUCUCCUAAUGUUUCUCCUCCAGGGCAAUAAAAAAUUCCAAGCAGAUUAGAGUGUGCUAGAAAAAGGCCGAGUGUUGAGUGGGGGAAUGCUCCCCCCACGCCCCCGAGGUCAGUCGCAGGAGGACAGAGUCCGAUGUGGUCACACAGAGAAAGCUUUAAAACCUGCAACAGCCCGCGGGGCCCCGUGUCACUCCUGGAGGCAUCCUUUCUGUCUAAUUGCAGUUGGGUCAGGAGUUGCUCCUUCUUUGCUGGCUAACGAGGUCUCGGAGCAAUGUAGAAAUGAUUGACACGUCUAACACACAGCAGAUUUUUGUCUUUUAUUUAGAUGAGUCUCUUCCUCUCCUCCUGUUGUGCAGGUAACUAGGAUUUCUACCUCAACCCAAUGUGACCUAUGCAAGGACAACGUGGACCAACUUCACUCGGCUUCCACUGAAAGGUGCUCACCUGGCCUGUGCAGGGGUUUCUACUCUCUUACUACUGGGCAAAAUAAAAACAUAAAAAGACCUAAACAACAGAGAAAAUAUUUACUGUGAAUCUGAGUAAAAAAGAAAAAAGAAAAAAAAAAAGGCAAAAGAAAUGCUUAAAGCUCCAGUUUGUAUUGUUGAUAGUUUAGAUAAAGUAUUUAUCUUUUUUUAAAGUGAAAACAAUUUUGACUUAUUUUAUUCCACCUAGAAUCAUAAAUACAACUUAAUAUUAAAUUCUCUGAAUAAUAAAGGACUGGCACACCAGCAGAGAUGUAAAGAGCCUCCUCUUGGUGCUAUUUCACCCGUCAGAACUGUGCCUCCGGUUUGAAUCCUUGGUGCUGAAUUUGGAGGGUUGACCAAUGCCAAACCCAGUUCUCGGAAAGGUCUGCAGUUUAUUUAUUCAACUUACUCUGUUCAUAUACCAAAAUCCGCCUGGUUGGCAGCAGUGUGAGCUACAGAGAAAGGCAGCCUUCUAUUUUGAAGAUCAAAAUCUCAUUUUGAUUUUAAUUGGAAUGGAGCCGGGCACCCUGUUAACGGGGUGGUUUUUCAGUGCGUUAGUGACGAACGAGCACCCAGUCUUCCCCUCUGGGGUGGCAGAUGGAGAGCCUGGGGUGGCCCAGGCGAGCUUGGCCAGCGCAGGCACGGGCUGAACAAAAGAAAUCCAAGUCCUGCCCCGUUGAACUACUUCGCUGGGCUGUUUGCAGUUGCUGGUGGCACUCAAGUCACUGUGAAUUCUGGUAGCGAGUCUGGUAACUUGUUUUGUGCUGGCGUUGGCAUAUGAACAGGGUGUGUAAUCACUGGUAUUGGUCAGGCCCGUUUUACCACCGUUGGGAAGACUGAACAUAGCGCGUCUGUACUGGUGCAGGUAGCAGAUUUUCUCAGCUUGUUGGUUUUUUUUUGUUCCAAGUACAAUGUAUUUUGUUAGUAGGGUUUUGAUACUUGAUUCAGAAAUGGGUUAGCCGUGUGCAUUUGUUGACGAAGUGCAUUUUGCUUUUGUAUUUUUUUGCUUUUAAGUAGGUCUAAAUGGUAGUUCACAAAAACACCACAAUCUAGCUUACCGUGCUGCCACACUAUCAAACUGGUGCAGUUAAUUGUAUUGUGACUUGGUGUUCUGUGUACAGAAAGCGCUGCUCUGAGCAGCGGCUGUAUUUUAUAGAGAUGUGAUGAAAAAUUAUAAAUUUCAUAUACUUUAUUUCAUUUAUUUUUUAGAUUGUACAAUGCACAGUAAACUUGUAAAAACUUAUUUAUUCGAGUGCACAAAGUGAGGAGAAGGAUGAUCCAUUCAGUAGAAAUCACGCUGGUCUGUAGUUCAGACUGGACCAAGCACCAGGAAAGGAAACUACAGUAGAAGAAGGGGAAUUGCAACAGCAAGAUGACUAGAGGAAAAACACAGUUAGGCUUUGGGAAACGGCUGCCUGCUAGCCCGGGCACUCACUGUCCUUGAAUCCCUUCUAGGUCGCUAGUGCUCCCUAGGGAGUCUCCCACCUCCAGCUGUCGGGCAUUUGCCUCAGAGCUGAGCCCUGCUGUACCAGCCACCUGACGGAGCAUCCCCUGGGCACAGAAAGCUGGGCUGAACGCCUUGGCUGUUCAACUCCUGCCUCUGUGUUUGAAGUAGGCGAGGUACCUCUGCCCUUGGGCACUCUCUCCUGCUGCCUGGAUCCGGGAGGAAUGGUCGCGAGCGCCAUGCUGGCCGUGUUCCCGAGAGUGGCGCGGGCGAGGUGCCGCAGCCCUCUGCAGGCUUCGGUUUAGCCUUUUUCCCUGUACCUGGCGAUCUUAGUAGAGAUUUAGGACAAAGUGCAGUUAUUUUGUUGAUUCCUAAGUGUGUCUUCCCUAGGCAGCCCUUGUGCGCAGAAACAAUCUAACUUGGCCGCCUUGUUCACUGGAAAGGGAAGGGAUUGAUAGCCGCUGGAAACGAGGGACGUUUCGGAACUGGUUUCUGCUUUGUGUGUGGGAGAGGACAGCGGUGCGCCCUGCUGAGUUACUAACAGCAAGAUGAAAACCUGGAAAAGGGCAAAAGUGCUCCAAGGGUGACAGCUGAGGAACAGCCAGUAGCUUCUAGUAGAAGCCGUACACAGUGUAUGUCCUGGAAUCCAGGAAGACAAUGUAACCCAGAUGUUUUGCAGCUGGGACGUGGGCAGCUCUAGCUUCUUCCAGAUCCUUGGGUUGACUAGAAGUUGCAGAGCUGCCUUAGCAUCCUUCCCAGCACCCGGCGGAGUGCUCAGGUCUUUGAAGGCUUUAAACUGGUGGGCUGUGCCUGAGUGAUUGCUGGAGGGGCAGCAGCCUUAAUUACAUCUCCCCCCUAUCAUUUAUAUCCCUGAUGAGAGAGAUGAGGAAAUACAAGUAAUAAGCUCUUAAUCACUCUGCUUUUAUAAGAUCCUCUUCUGAAAAGGGACCAAGAGCCAGUGCUCCUCAGACCUCUUGUGCCCCCCUUCAUCCCAAAUUGCAGAAGACUUGCAGUGAGACGACUCGCCAUCACUUGUUCCGUGAGGGGAACGUUUGCCUGUGCUCGUGUGCAAGGUGCUGACAGGACACGAGCAAAGGUGCCCGGUGGGGAAGGAGCUGACUCGCAGGGCUCUGGGGAACCUGCCGUGCUUGCCGGUGCCUGCUGGAGGACCAUCACCCAGCUGGCUCCCAGCACUCCUCUGCUGAAGAGGAUGGCCGGUCCAUGUUGUGGGAAUGACGCGCUUUGUCCCAAGCUUCGUAGGAUUUCAGGGAUUGGCGCCUGGUGAGCAGGAUGGAGCUGUCAGACGGGGUUUGGUGCUGGGCUUGGCACUGUUAGCCUUACAGUUGGACUUCAUGGUCUUGGAGGUCUUUGCAAACCUAAAUGGUUUUGUGACCCUUCAGAGCAAAGACCCCAGGCAAGGAGCUGGUCAUCUCCCCGCUGGUGGGUGUUGUGGAAAAGCAAAGCCCCCGCUGUCCCUCAGCAUCACCUGUGAGCGCAGUGGUCAUCGGCAGUCAUUGGUGUCCAUGCGGGACGUGCUGGCAAGCAGCCAUCGGGCUGGUAGCACGAGCCCGCUGGCUGCAGCUGGGCACAUGUCGGCUCUCAAGAUGUUUUCAGCUACCCAGGAUUUUGGAGUCUCUGACUCUCCAGCUGUCACCUGGGAAGGCCAAAGGAAACAGGUGCUGACCCAGGAAUAAACGCCUGGCUGGGAUGUGCUUGAAAGGGGCUCAGGCUGCUGGCCAACCUGCUGAGCAUCUGCUUCAGCCUCCCAGGGUCCCUUGGGACCGGGCCUUCAUCUACCUCUGCAUUGCUCCCAGUGACCCGAUGUCUCCAUCUUGGCCACCCGCGCUGCAGGAGCCUGGAGCUGCUCUUGCUUUGCCAACGUCUUCCACCCAUGCUUGGCACCAUUGGCACCUUCACCCUGCCAUGCAUGGUGUGACCACAGCGCUUUGCUGGUGCUAAUCUAAAUACUGCAUCGUCAUCCCCAGCGAGAUGCGCUUCCAGGAAGGUGCCUGAUAAGCUGAUGCUUCCAGGGAGCAGCACUGAGCUGGGAACCGGGCGAGCGCAGCUUUGGGAUCACUUUGGUAGAAUUGCCUGAGCCGGAGAUGUGGUUGCCAAGGGAUUUGUCUUGUUGCCUUCCCUGCUCCCUGGCCUUUCAUUGCUUUGUCAUAAGAUCAGGUGAGUUCAGCUCGUUUCUCCUCUCUGUGAAACGGGGAAAGACUUACCUUGCUGUCGGGUUGCUGAAGGAAUAUCUUGGAGAUGUUAUGGUCUGAUCAUACGGUCACAAGAAUAAGACCCUCGUGACUCUCCUGUAGGAGCACUGUGCCAGAGGUCCGAAACCUGUUUUCAGUAAUUGGAGAUACUUCUGAGUAAUCAAAGCCAAACAGCCAGUUCCAAAAAGGAAUUCCUUCUGCUUUACCACAUCCUGCUGGGUCCCGUUGUUCCAUGGCUGUCACACAUGUUCCUUCUCCACACCACUGCUGCCAGCAAGGGGCUCAUCAGGAAGCUAAAAUACAUCUUGUAGCACGUAUGUUGCCAAAAAAAAAAAAGGAACUUCCUGAGCGUUGGGCUGAGCAAAACCUGUGCCUGGCUGCUAAAUGUCAGCCUUGAGGAACAAGCCUUGUGUGCUUUUCCUUCUUUGGUGGUUUGCUACCUCCGGCUGGCGCUUGCCAGGCUUGAUCUGCCGAGACUUGUCGUGCUGCGGAGCUGGGAGUGCUCCAUUAAUUCUUCCAUUAGCCAGAGGUGUGUGGGGCACGCGGCAGUCGGAUUUCUCUGCUUUUUUUGUAGCUGAGGGAGAAAUUGGGAAGCGUUGCUGGAGGACGGAGAGGCUUGGGCUGCUGAGAGCGAGCUGGUGGACAGGGUGGUGGGGAAGGUCGAGCUCUCCCUGUGUCGCCGCUUGUUUUGGUGCAAAAGAGGCUGUUUCCUUGCAGGAGCUGUGGAUCACUCUGGAUAAUCUUAAUGAUGGGAGGCGUCUUCACUUCUCUCAGUUCAGGUUGUGGAUGCAACGGGAGAGAGGUGAAGGGAAGCUGCCAGCCACAGGGAGUGCAGCGCGUCCUGCCCGUACGUGACAUUUGGAGGCAGAGUCACCGGCUCGGACUAGUUUCUUCUAACAGCAGGAACUCAUGUCUCCUUGACCAAGCGUAGAAAUACUUUUCUUAUGCUUCCAUAUUAUUUUCUUCCUUCCUAGUGGUGACAGCCGCUUUAUCUUUUAGUGCACAGUUGGUGCUUAGCCAGGGCUGCGGAGUCUGCGCUCCCGGCCAGGACUCGCCAAGGUACCCCAGGCAGGAAGGCUGUGGUACUUGAUCCUGAGGGAUCUACUAGUCACUGGUUUUGUGAAUCAAGCUUUCAGAUCCCCAGGACUUGACGCUUCUCAGCCUGAAACUCACCCAACUGUUUGUCACUCUCGGUUACUUAAUCUCAAGGUGUUGAGUAGCUUUCUUCUUUAGGCAAACAGCACUUGAGCAAGUCACUUCCUCAUUUGCCGUCUGCUGCUCCAAUAGAUUUCAGGCCUGAUGGUUCCAUUGACUUGAAUAGCAUUUUGGAAUGGAGGAUCCCUUCAGUACCGCUUGGCCACCGUGGCUGGUUGGGGUGGCCGCGUGGCUCGGCACAGUGUGGCCAGGCAUGUGGCUGUGUGCACGUCGGUCCCCCCCGGCCGGGGGAGCGCUCCCUCCCAGAGCUGCUGACGAUGCUUCUUCAGCCUCCUCCUCUGGGACUGGACUGGGACCUUUAAAGGCCCCUUCCGACCAAACUACUCUGUCGUUCUGUGGUUCCUUGUACAGAUGUUUGGGAAUAGUUGCUUUGCCUGGGAAGAUACAUGGGAGUGGGGUGAUGGGGAGGAGAUGGGUGCAAGCGAGCCAGCUCUGCUAUUCAGCGCACAAACGCAGCGGGGCUACAACAGCGUUUGCUGGCCGGGUGCUCCGCACCACACUGGAUUUACUCCCGUGGUGAUCAGGUUCUGUCUCAUCCCAGCCUUCCCUGCUGCGGAGGCUGUAUCUUCCCGUCCUGCUGGGCUUCCCCUUCUGGGAGAAGGUCUUUUAUUCUGGAGUAACGAGGUCAUGGACAGGCAGCUUGGGGUCACCUCCGGGGACCUGUGCGGUUUGAUUCUUGCUAGGAUUGUGUAUUUAGAAAGCAGCAUCUGCUCCCCCAUCCCAUUAUUUUUCCACUUGGAAGAGAGUUCCAGCAGAGGAGAGGCUGAGUGGGGAGAGCACUGGCAGAGCUGGGAUCUGCAGUGGGGUGGGCUUGGCUCUCACUCAGGUGAUGUUUUUUUUGUGGGACCCAGAGACCCUGCGAGCGGUUUCAGGGCCAGUGUGCGCUUCCAUCUCCACCGAGAUCAUGCAGGGGACUGUGUCUGUGGGCAUGUUGGUGGCUCUGGCACAAGGACCGAUGGGACCUGUGCCCUUGUGAUGCUCCAGCAGCAGGGGCUUGGUGGCAGGAGGGGUUCCCUAUCCUGGAGGCAGCAGGAUGGCUCUGCAGCACAGGGCACAUGUCCAUCCAGCCCUGCGGACUGUCCCCAUCCAGCCCCACUGAUGUCCCCCCCAUAUCACCGGAGGCUGCUCCGUCAGGUCCCUGCCCCGCUCAAGGCUUUGCUGCGUUGCUGGAAGGGGAGCGCUGGGAGCUCGUGUCCAAGCUGCUGCUCGUGACCCCCCUCCGGCGCAGCCCUCCCCGUGCCCCUUCCUCAGCCUCUGAGCACCGGGAACACGCAGCUCCCCCAGCCGGGUCCAGCCCUCGCCAGUGCCGGGUGGCUCUGGGUGACGGAGCCCUGUGUGUAACCCCUCAGCUCCGUGUUGGAACCAGCCCUUUAAUACAGGUUGUGGAAACCUGCAGGUUACGGCUGGGAGUUGGUUUUUCUUGUCGCGAGUCCCCCCGCCCAACACAGGUGACUUGUCUUGAAAAAUUCUGCUUUUGUUGUUUUGUCUGAGCCAAAACCGUCGAGAGGAAUUAAGCAGUGGGAGCUCCCAAUGAUGGUUUCUUCAGUUAGGGCAUGGCUGUUGUCCCACGGACUGCAAAGCCAGCAAUCACGUGUUUUAUAAAUCAGUUUGGGGAGAAGAAACUAGACAGUGUUUUUGUGAACUAUCUUUGCAGCACUGAGGAAAAAAUCACAAUAAUUGGCUUUUUUUGGAAGCACGGAUGUGUAGUCAGUGUACAAGUAUUUGAAGUUUUAUGGCUGUUUAAGACUUUUUUUUUUUUUUUUCCCCCUCCUUUUUUUUGCUCCAACAUUUCCGUAGCUUGCCUAUCAGGUUUUCACUAAAAGAUGGAUUACCAGUUUUAAAAAUGUUGUUGUGCCAUAUUUUAUUUAUCCUUCUGCAUUUAUAAAUAUAUAAAUAUCUAUUUAGACUGAAUAUUGAUUGCAAUAAAAGAUGUUAUUAUUGUGAACUUCAGGGUUUAAACCAGAGACAAAAAAAAAUUGGAAAUACUUCUCCAGUAUAUUCGCUGUUGGCAGCCCUCUUUCUGAAGAGGUUUUUUUGGUUUUCUAGUUUAAAAAACAAAAUCGCAUCUUAAAUUUUUACAGUGCUAACCCUGAAGUUCUCAAGUUUGUGAUCCUUUGGUUUUUUUCAAGGUACAUCUGGUUGCUUUUCUGGUGCGGUCAAAUUAUUCUUUAGGAAGGUCUUGUUUCUGGAGUUAAUGAUGAAAAGGUGGAAUGGGUUGAUCCAUCCUGCUUGGCUUUUUUAACCUAUUAAUCUUUGAAGUGAUCAAUUUCAAAUUAAAACCCAACUUCUUAGGUCUCUGUUCUACUUAAACUUCUUAGGAGUGAGAGCCUGCCCUCGCUGAGUGGGACUUGGAUGGGGAAAGCAGUAGAUUAUGAGGUUGCUGUUGCUCAGGAAUUGAUUAGUAAACUUUUAACUACUAAUAAAAAUCCAUUUUUCAAUGGAUUUUUUAAAAAACCCAUUUUCUUAGAACAGUGAUAUGGGAUGUUUCCUAGUGAAUAGGAAUUAGUUUAUAUAAUUUAGCCUAUUAAACUGAAUUAUUUAAAAUUCAAACUUCCCCUAAUUUAUCUUUUUUUUGUUGUUUUUUUGUUUUGUUUUGUUGGUUUUUUUUUUUAUACUGGUAAGUUGUCCUGUCAUUCCUUUCAUUCUUCCAUAGAAGUAGCGUGAAUUCUUCUGGUGUGUAUAUAUGUAUGUAUAAUAUAUAUAUUUCCACCCUGCCUUUCUAAUUCUCCACAAUGUAAGAGUUAGUUUUUUCUCCCCUCCCUUCCACUUAAUUUCUUGUGUCUUUACCUUGAUUUGUAAUUGAAACAAUGCUUUGAAGUUUUGUCUUUAUAUUAAAGUGUAUGUAUUUUAAUACACCGUA